UCUUCACAUGGUCUUCCCCACCCUCUCUCUCUCUUUCAUUAUUUCUUUUGUUUUAAUUUUUGGUUUUUAUGUGUGACAAAGAAACGUGUUGGAUAAUAUAUCUAAAUCUUCGCAUGAUGUUCCUUGAGCCAUGAAAAAUUCCUCUGACAUUCCUCUCCGAUCUCCAUAGCUUGUCUUUCCACACACUGGAAGUAGUGGAAGAUUUUUUUUAGUCUCAAUGUUGGACUCGAUGGCGUCAAUUUGAGUAGUCCUUGGUGGGUCAUUGUUUUUGAGGGAAUAAGGGAGGUGGUGCUAGUUGCUGCUUUUUGCUUAUAAAAUCAUAGAUGGACCGGAGGAGUUGGCUUUGGCGCAGGAAGUCAUCUGAGAAAAGUCCAGGUGAAACGGAGAGUUCUGGUUCAAUCUCAUCUCUUUCAGAAAGGUUCUCUGAUGAUCAGGUAUAUACAACACACGCUGCUUUAUCACCUGAAGUCACGUCUAAGUCUGCACCAAAUGACGACGUUAGUACCCCAAAAAUGAGUAAAGAAGAGGUUACGGAUGUAAAGAUUCUUACAGACAAAUUAGCUGCUGCUCUUCUGAAUAUUAGUGCUAAAGAAGACUUGGUAAAACAGCAUGCUAAAGUUGCAGAAGAAGCUGUAUCAGGCUGGGAGAAGGCUACAAAUGAAGUGUCAUCUUUAAAACAACAGCUUGAUGCAACGAGGCAGAAGAACUCAAUUCUCGAAGACCGAGUUGGUCAUCUUGAUGGUGCACUUAAAGAGUGUUUGAGGCAGCUUCGACAAGCCAGAGAAGUGCAAGAGCAAAAGAUUGUUGAAGCUGUUGUGAAUAGUUGCCGUGAGUGGGAAUUCAACAAAUCUGAACUUGAGGGAAAAGUUGCUGAUCUUGAAGCUCAACUGCAAUCAGCUAAAGCAGAUUCUGCUGCAUCAAUUCGUUUUGAUCUUCAGCAGAGCCUAGAGGCUGUGCAGAAAGAGAAUUCAAGUCUUAAACAUGAGCUGCAAUCUCGACUGGAGGAACUAGAACUGAGGAUAGUUGAGAGGGAUUUGAGUUCUCAAGCAGCUGAGACAGCUAGCAAGCAACAUUUGGAGAGUGUCAAGAAGGUUGCUAAGCUUGAGGCUGAGUGCCGUAGACUGAAAGCCAUGACUCGUAAAACAUUUUCUGUCAAUGAUCACAGGUCUGUGACUGCAUCUUCGGUUUAUGUUGAGUCUUUCACAGAUAGCAUGUCGGAUAGUGGAGAGAGGCUACUAGCAGUUCAAAGUGAUUUGCGUAAAUUAGGUGGAUGGGAGAUGAAUGAAUAUGAGCUAAGUCGUUUUGAUUCGUGCUCGUCUUCUUUAGUUAUGGAUAUUGAUCAACUUAAGAACGAAAAGACUAAUGGAAAAAAUCACAUGGUCCCUUCAACUGAGAUCAAUCUCAUGGAUGAUUUCCUUGAGAUGGAAAGGCUUGCUGCAUUUCCAGAGAAUGAAAGUAGAAGCAAUUUUGUUAGGGAAGGAGUAGCAUCAGAUCAAUCCAAUGUUGAUCAGGCUACUAGAGAAGCUGAAGUGGAGGCUUUGAUUCAAAAGAAUGUUGAAUUGGAGAAGAAGCUGGGGAAAAUGGAAUGUGAAAUGGAAGCUAUGAUUCAAAAGAAUUCUGAAUUGGAGAAAAAGCUGGAGAAAAUGGAAGCGGGGAAAGUUGAGGUAGAGAUGGUUUUGACCAAGUACCAUAUGCAGCUCGAGACAUCAGAGAGUCAGAUUAGGGAAGCAGAGUUGAAGGUAGCAGAGUUUCAAACUCAGUUAGCACUUGCAAAAAAAUCAAACCAAGAAGCAUGCGAAGAACUGAAAGAAACAAAAGCAAAGAAGGACAUAGUCGAGUCCACACUCAAACUUACUCAAACUGAAGUCGAAAAGCUGAUUUCAAAAAUCUGUUCUUUGGAGGAAGAGAUUCAGAAGGAACGAGCUUUCUCUGCUGAGAAUUCAAUCAAACGUGGAAAAUUGGAGGAGGAGCUCUUGAAAAUGAAACAAGAAGCUCACGUUCAGCAAGACACCGAGAUAAAGCACAGGGAAGUCAUUAAUCACAAUUUAAAGUUAAAACAGGAAAAGGAAAUUGCAUUGGCUGCUAGUAGAUUUGCUGAGUGUCAGAAGACCAUUGCAUCUCUUGGACAGCAGUUGAAGUGCCUUGCAACUUUGGAAGACUUUCUACUUGAUUCAGACAACCCUAUGGAGUCAACCUGUGAAGUCACAAAAAGUCCCCAAAAUGGUGAGCAGAUGAAACUACCUCAGAGUGAUUUGAGCAUACCCAAAAGAGAUUCUGAAUCACCCAUUUCGUUAAACUCAUCAGUUACCAAUGAGAAAAGCCGAAAUGGCUUUAGUAAGUUCAUCCCUAAAAGCAAGAGUGUAAGCAAAAGAGGAAGUCACUGAGAAAAAAAAAUGGACAGAAACUAUACAUGAUAAGGAUAAGGUUUAUUCAUUUUAUAUCAUGGAUUCAAAUAUGAAUCCAUAGCAAAAAUAGCAAUACAUAAAGUCCAAAUUUUAAAA